UGGGUCGAGGCGCAGAGAGAGAGAAAAAGCGCACCAACAACUUUUUGAGAGGCUGACUUUUCUAGCGUCAUCACUAAAAAUUAUCCCCCCCUCCUACUCUUCACUGCGGAGACUUACCUGCAACCCACCAUCGCUCUUCCGUCUUGUUUAUCCAAACUCGACGAUUCUCCUCAUAUCUUCCUAGUUGGAAGUCUUUUUUUCUCUUCUCUUUCAUCCUUCCUCUUUCUGCGUUCAGACGCGCACUGUUGCCCUUGGCGCGUUACCUGACUUCCCUCCCCCCCCCCCCCCGUACAACCGCAAUCAUGGCGCCUGGAAAGCAGAAGGCCCAGAAGAUGUCGAUCAGCACCUUCCUGGCUGAUGACAGUCUUGGAUCGUGGGCUGAUGAGAUGGAUGAGAUGCCGAUGCCUGUCCCUUCUUCCGGCGGCUUUGAUCGUCGUCCUGCGCCCUCUUCUUCUGGCUUUGGAUCGUCCUUCAAUGAUCGUGGCUACGCUGUGAGGGAGCCUCUUCCUCUUCCGACCCAGCCUCCCUACACCGUCCAUGUGGGUAACCUGUCCUUCGAUGCGACUGCGGGCGACAUCGGCGAUCUCUUUGCGGAUUGCUCCGUGACCAACGUCCGCGUCGUGGAAGACAAGUUGACCAAGGCCCCCAAGGGUUUUGGCUACGUCGAGUUUGAGACCGUUGAGGGUCUGAAGAAGGCUCUGGAUCUCUCGGGCGCGACCCUGCAAGGCCGUGCCAUUCGUGUUAGCAUCGCCGAACCUCCCAAGGAGCGUGAUGUCAAGGAGUUCGACUGGACUCGCCGAGGACCUCUUCCUGUUUCCGAUGCGCCCGCGCGCCGUGUCCCCGAUCGCUCGUCGUUUGGCCGUAAUCUCGAUAACCUCUCGGAUGCCGGCAGUGACCGUGGCGGACGCCGUGGCGGUUUUGAGUCCGACGGCAAAGUCCGUGACUUUGGCAACUGGGAGCGAAAGGGCCCUCUGUCGCCGUCCGCCGGUGGCCCGACUGGCCCUCCCUUGAGGGAAGGCGGCCGCCCUCUCAGCAACGAAGGAGGCCCCGGCUUCCGACGAAACUCCCCCGCCUGGGGUGAGGGACGCUCCCACGAGGGACGCUCUCACGAGGGACGCUCCCAGGACGGCUCGAGACCCCCCCGACGCGAAUUCCAGGAGCGCACACCGACGGCCGCCGAGAUGGACAACUCGUGGAGAUCCCGCAUGCGACCCGAUCAGCCCCCGGCCCCCAAGGAGCCCAGCAACCCGCCGUCGCCGGCUCCCGCUGCGGCUACGCCCGCGGCCCCCGCGGCCCCCGCCUCGCGGCCCAGGUUGAACCUGCAGAAGCGCACCGUCGCCGAACCCGUGUCCAGCCCGUCCGCCACCGGCGACUCCAAGGCCAGCCCCUUCGGUGGCGCCCGACCCAUCGACACGGCCACGAAGGAGAGGGAGGUGGAGGAGCGCCGCCAGGUGGCCCUGCGCCAGAAGAAGGAAGCGGAGGAGAAGGCCAAGGCUGAGAAAGCCGAGAAGCAAAAGGCCGCCAAGGAGCAGGCCAAGACGGAGAAGCCGGACGCCUCGACGGACUCCAAAGCCAGCGCCGAGGCGCCCCAGGGCGGCAAGAACUUCGAGAUCCUCCGGCGGGCCGGCGAAGAAGAGGGUGGUGAUGCUGCGGAUCAGGAUCAGCCGGAGAAGGCGGCUGCGGCCUCCACCGAAGCUGCCAAGGAGGGUCAGGCCAACGGCAGCUGGAGGAACGCCCCGGCUGAGACGGCCGCCCCGGCCGCCGACGACGAGGGCUGGAGCACCGUGAGCUCCAAGCCGCGCAACAACCGCCGCGGACAGGCUGGUCGCUCGUUCGCAUAGAUCUAUCGAUACCCCCUGCGCCAGUCAUCACUCGGCCGAAGCCAAUCUGCG